AUGCAAAUUACAAACAAGAAAAAAAAUGCUAAUAGAAUGAGGCAUGGUGAAGUUGUUAAAGAGAACGUAUUCGAAGAUGGGGUGGUCCCCCUGCGCUGGCUGGCGGCGGCGCUGGCGGCGUGCGGCGCGGCCCUGGGCGUGGCGCUGCUGGUGGACGCGCGCUUGCCCGCGCCGCUGGGCCGCGACGCGCCGCCCGACCGCUUCAUCGCGGAGAUAGCGCACGAGCACCUUGUCAAUCUCACGUCUAUUGGCCCCAGGGUGGCCGGGAGCUACGAGAACGAGGUGCUGGCGGUGCGCGUGCUGGUGGAGGCGGUGCGGCGCAUCGCGGCGCAGGCGUCGCCGCACAAUGUCGUGGAGUUCGACGUCUUCUCCGCCAGCGGUGCUUUCUCCCUUACCUUCUUAGAUGGCAUGAGCAACAUGUACCGCGACGUGCAGAGCGUGGUGGUGCGCGCGCGCGGCGCCGGCGGCCGCGCCUCUCCCGCGCGCUCCGCGCUGCUGCUCAACUGCCACUUCGACACCGUGCCCGACAGCCCCGGUGAGUCCCCACACACGGCGGCCGCGGCGCACAGCGGUGCGUUGUUCGUUAUCAGAUACAGAUACCGCAUAGUGCAUGCUAUU